AUGACAACUGAUAGCGCUGCUGCUGCUACUUCUACAUCACCAUCAACAACAUCAACUACUACAGCAUCAGCAGCAACGACACAGAAUGGACAUACUUCAUCCCCUUCAUCAACAUCAUCUUCACCACCAAUAGCCUCAACAAGUCCACAACUGUCAAAUAACAAUAACGAAGAUGGAGUAUCGAAUACAUCAAUCAAAGCAAUGGAGUUGAGUGGCGCUAUUGCACAUCAGUAUCAGAAGCCACUGCCGCCUAUUGCACACAAACCAACGGAUAUUAGCAGUCAGUGGAUAUCGAACAAGUUGAAGGAGCGCGAACCAGAGUACACAAAGAAGGACAAUAUGGUCAUCUUUUUAGGCACUUGGAAUGUCAAUGGAAAGAAGCCGUCUGAGCCGCUGGACGCCUGGCUCGAGCCGGGCAGCGGUGGCGCGGACGGCCUGUCGACGGGCGGCGCAUCAUCAAUGCGCCCAGACAUCUACGCGAUUGGCUUCCAAGAGCUCGACCUGACGGCUGAGGCUCUGCUGCUGGGCGACACUACGCGCGCUGCCCCGUGGGAGCAGGCCAUCCAACAGACAUUGGCACAACAGGGCGACUAUGUGAAGCUGCUCAGUCGUCAACUCGUCGGCAUCCUGCUGUGCGUCUACGUCAAGAAGGAGCAUUUGAAGAACAUCACCCAUGUGCAGUCGGACAUUGCCGCCGUGGGCAUCAUGGGCAUGAUGGGCAACAAGGGUGGCGUGGCCAUCCGUUUCCAAUUCUACAACACAUCAAUCUGCAUCAUCAACUCACAUCUCAAUGCUCACAUGGAGAAUGUCAUGCGUAGGAAUCAAGAUCAAAAGGAUAUCUCAAGAACACUCAAGUUCAUCAGUGACUCUGACGGUUCAUUCAUCAAUAUAUACGAUCACGAUCAACUCUUUUGGAUUGGAGACUUGAAUUAUAGAGUACCUCUGCCAGAUCAGGAGGUCAAGGACAGCAUUAUACAGAAGGACUUUUAUAACUUGUUCCUGCACGAUCAGUUGUACCUCCAGAUGAAGAAUGGCGCAGCGUUCGAGGGCUUCCAGGAGCCUCCAAUAAGCUUCGCCCCCACCUACAAGUACGACCCAGGCACCAACGAUUAUGACUCGAGCGAGAAGAAGCGUACGCCAGCAUGGUGUGACCGUAUCCUCUGGAAGACAUCAAAGACUGCCGAGAACGUCGGUAUCUUGGCGUACAAGCGACAUGAACUACUCUCCUCCGAUCAUAGACCAGUGUCUGGAUCAUUCAUUAUCAAGGUGCGCGUUGUCAUCCCCGAGGCACGCGCACGUAUCUACCAAGAGAUCGUCAAAGAGUUGGACAAAAAGGAGAACGACGCCAUGCCCGACGCGAACAUCAACACCAACAGCAUCGACUUUGGAACAGUGCGCUUCAUGGUGCCCGUCACGCGACAGAUCGUCAUCGAGAACAUUGGCCAGGUAAUCGCGCGAUUCAAAUUCAUUCCCAAGCUAGACGAGCGCAUACUCUGUCGGCCAUGGCUCAAGAUCUCGCCAAUCGCCGGCAUGAUGAUACCCAAGGAGAAGAUCACCAUUGAGCUCACUGUGUUUGUUGACUCCAACACAUCGGGCCCGCUCAACGUGCUCAACGAAUCGAUGGACGACAUCCUGAUCCUGCAUUUGGAGAAUGGCAAGGACUACUUCAUCUCAAUCUCGGGCAAGUUCCAGCACACGUUCAUGGGCAACUCGCUGGACAACCUCGUGCGCUACCCAACGCCCAUCCUCACCGGCGCACCCAUCCCCAUCGAGCAGAAGAAGCUGUCGAUACCCAAGGAGAUCUGGCGCAUGAUCGAUCACAUCUACUCCAAUGGAAUGCGCGAAGAGUCACUCUUCCUCGAGUCGGCUGUCAACAAGGAGAUGGAGGCCAUCGUCGAAGCCAUCGACCGCGGCACACCCCUGCCGUUCCACAGCGGCAUCCACUCGAUGGCCGAGUGUUUGAUCCGUUUCUUUGAGUACCUGGUGGAGCCCGUCGUGCCCUACAACAUGUACCAGCAGGCGCUGGACGCGUCGUCGUCGGCGCUGGCCUGCAAGACGCUGAUCUCUCAUCUGCCAUCUGUAAACUACAACGUGUUCUUCUACCUAAUGUCCUUCUUGGCCGAAGUGUUGACGCACCAGCAGGAGAACAAACUGACGGCUGAUCAACUGGCCAUUGUAUUCUCCACUGUACUACUACGACCAAGUCCAACAUCACCACAAUCUCAACAGACCACCGACGCCAUCAUCGUCAAGAAGAAAGCAGACUUUAUCAAGCACUUUAUCAUAUCGAAAGGAGAGAGUUUAGUAUAA